AAAAUGAAUAAUCAGAAUAAUGUCACUGAAUUUAUUCUCUUGGGGCUUUCCCAGAAUAAACAAGUUCAGAUUUUGUGCUUUCUCAUUUUCUUAUUUUGUUACAUACUUAUUUUGAUGGGAAAUUUCACUGUAAUGAUUUCUAUCACAUGUAGCCAGCUCAUUGGACAACCCAUGUACUUCUUCCUGACUUAUUUGUCCUUAAUGGAUGUUUGCUAUACCUCCACAGUGACCCCUAAACUCAUCAGUGAUAUGCUAGCUGAAAGGAAGAGUAUUUCCUAUACUAACUGUCUGAUCCAGCUGUUUACUGUGCACUUCUUUGGAGGAGUAGAAGUCUUCAUACUCACAGGAAUGGCCUAUGACCGAUAUGUGGCCAUUUGCAAACCUCUCCAAUACAUGGCAAUCAUGAACAGGGACAAGUGCAAUGCUUUGGUCUUGGCUGCUUGUAGUGGGGGGUUUUUACAUUCAUUUGCACAAUUUCUCCUUGCUGCUCUCUUGCCUUUCUGUGGACCUAAUGAGAUUGAUCACUAUUUCUGUGACAUGUAUCCACUGCUGAAACUUGCCUGCACUGAUACCCACAUAUUUGGUCUUCUACUAAUAGCCAAUUCUGGGAUGAUUGCAUUGGUAGUUUUCAUGGUCCUCAUAAUAUCAUAUGCUGUGAUCUUAUAUACAAUUCAGCUACAUUCCUCUGAGAGCCGCCAAAAAGCUCUUUCCACGUGUGGUUCCCACAUCACUGUUGUGAUCCUAUUCUUUGGACCUUCACUUUUCAUUUAUAUUAGACCAGCCACCACAUUCAAAGAAGAUAAAGUUUUUGCUCUUUUUUAUACCAUCAUUGCUCCUAUGUUCAAUCCUUUGAUUUACACUUUGAAGAAUUCAGAAAUGAAAAAUGCCAUGAAGAAGUUGUGGAACAGAAACAGAUUCAAGAAAAGCAAACAAAUGUUCUAA